CUUCUUCUCCGCGAUUACUAUAUAGCCACGUCUUCUUCUACUCUCAAGAACUCGAAUUUGACUCUAUAUAACUGCGAGAGUAGGGGCUUAAGAAGAUAUAUUAUCACGGUCAAUUGAGUUGAUCGGAAACUACACAUUUACUUCUACUCUUGAGCUUUUUAAUUUAUACCGACGAAAUGGCAUCAGUCAGAGCUGCUGGUCGUCUCCAGCCGGCUGCUCGCACAGCGUUGCAGGCAGGCAUCUCUCAGCAAACCCGCGGUUAUGCCUCCCUAUUCGCUGGUGAGCCAUCAGGACCUGAGAUUAAGACUCAGAUCCCGGGCCCAAAGUCACAGCAGGCUAUCAAGGAGCUCGACAAGGUCUUUGAUACCCGUGCCGUCAACAUGCUGGCGGACUACACACAGAGCAAGGGCAACUACAUCGUUGACCCAGACGGAAACGUCCUCCUCGAUGUCUAUGCUCAAAUUGCCUCCAUCCCAGUCGGUUACAACAACCCAACCCUCGCCAAAGCCGCCCAGUCCCCCGAGAUGAUCAACUCCCUCAUCAACCGCCCCGCACUCGGCAACUUCCCCUCCCACGACUGGGCUCAAAUCCUCGAGACCGGCAUCCUCAGCGUCGCACCCAAAGGCCUCGACCAAGUCUUCACCGCCACCGCCGGCUCCGACGCCAACGAGUGCGCCUUCAAAGCCGCAUUCAUGUACAAAGCCCAACAGCGCCGCGGCGGCCCCGACGUCGAAUUCACCGCCGAGGAGCUCUCCUCCUGCAUGAACAACUCCCUCCCCGGCGCCUCGAACCUCUCCAUCCUCUCCUUCAAAUCCGCCUUCCACGGCCGCCUCUUCGGCACCCUCUCCACCACCCGCUCCAAGCCCAUCCACAAGCUCGACAUCCCCGCCUUCGACUGGCCCCAAGCCACCUUCCCUCUCCUCAAAUACCCGCUCGAGGAGCACGCUACCGAGAAUGCAAAGGCUGAGGCUGACGCACUCGCUGACGUCGAGCGCCUCAUCACUACCUUCCCCCACCCACCCGCUGCCGUCAUCGUCGAGCCCAUCCAAUCCGAGGGUGGCGAUAACCACGCUUCCCCUGCCUUCUUCCGCGGCCUGCGCGAGCUGACCGCUAAGCACGACGUCCUCUUCAUCGUUGACGAGGUGCAGACCGGUAUCGGCGCUACGGGCAAGUUCUGGGCCCACGAGCACUGGGACCUCCCCACACCACCUGACAUGGUGACGUUCUCCAAGAAGGCACAGACAGCGGGUUACUACUACGGCAACCCCGCUCUGCGCCCUAACAAGCCUUACCGCCAGUUUAACACCUGGAUGGGCGACCCAGCGCGCGCGAUCCUGUUCCGUGGCAUCAUUGAUGAGGUUAAGCGUCUUAACUUGGUUGAGCACACCGCCAAGACGGGCGAUUACUUGUAUGCGGGUAUCGAGAAGCUGGCGGUGAAGUAUCCGGGGCAGUUUAAGAAUCUCAGGGGCAAGGGACAAGGAACGUUCAUUGCGUUUGAUAGUCCGCAGCGUGAUGCGUUCUUGAAGAAGGCGAAGACGGUGGGGGUUAAUAUUGGGGGGUCGGGAGAGAGCGCGGUUAGGUUGCGCCCGAUGUUGAUCUUUGAUAAGGUGCAUGCGGAUAUUCUUCUUGAGGCGAUGGAGAAGAUUGUUAAGAUGUAAGCGGGGAGAGGUGGAAAGGGUGGAGUUAUGAUAAUUUAUGUGUGAGUGGCGUUUGAUGAUUGAGACGCAGAGAGCUCUUCAUGCUUGGUGAUUACUGGGUGCUCAGGUAGUUUGAAGUAGCAUAUGGACUUAAAUUCCAAUAUCACUGGUUUACAAAUCGCAUUUGUCUCAUUUAAAUGUCUACAUUUUUAACAUUUCUCAUGUCGGAAUAUUAAAAUUAUAAAAUAUCAAGAGAUAAUAUUUCUUCUAUUUCAAAUUAACGAACCUAACACCAGCCCACAACAAAAUAACC